UUUUAGACGUGAACGGACGUGCUGUGCUGUAGUUAAACUCAAAACAACUGUUGUAACAGUAACUGUAAAUGCGCAUUCUAACUUGUGUUUAACUAUUAAUUGAAAAUUAUAAUAUGCAUACUUAGUGAUUAAUUGAAUAGAACAGCAUUGUUUGUGAGAGUGUGCGAAUAUAUAUUUUUUUACUGUUUGUUUAACAUUUUUUUAAUGUUUAAUUUAUGAUUGUUGUUAGUGACAGUGAAUUGAAUGUACAAUUCAAAUGUGUAAAUGUGUAAAAUAAUGAAAUGCAAACGCAGCAAUGAAUUAGCGUAUUUUAUGUAAGCACAAAGCAUAAAUUACUAUUUCAUAUGCACACAGACAUGUUACAAACAUGCAUAAAUACUUAUGCUUGUGUGCAUUAGUAGUUGAAUUAAUAUGUGUGUAAGAGAAGAAACACACAACGUACGAUUUACGAACACGAACAAUAAAAGUAACUUUAGACAUUCCGAUUCCAAUUUGAUUCUCUGCCUUGUGUGAAAAACUAAUAAGUAAAAAGAAACGACAAAGUAACACCAACAGCAACAGCAGCAACAGCAGCAACAACAACAACAACAACAACAACAACAAAAGCAGCAACUACGACGACUACACAGAGAUAUCAUAGACACCACACGAAAGGCAAAAGAAGAAAAUAAAUAGCAAUUUUGACUAAAUAAAAGUUACCGAAACGCCGCCGCCAGUUCAGUUCAGUUCAGUUGUACGAGCUUAUGACCAGAUAAAUAACCAGCAGCCAAAGAAGAAGAAGAAGAAGAGGAAGAAGAAGCGGGAGCAGCUAAGAGACGAACUUUGGAUUGACACUUGUUACUGACACCGGGGUCUCGACCAAUGUCGUCGUCGCCGUUGUCGCUGCUGCGUCAAGAGGGCGGCGGAUAAACUGCAGUCAACAAGUGCCUGCAAGAGAGAGAAAGAGAGAGAGAGAGAGCGCGCAAGAGAGCGACGAGACAAGAGUGAGGAAGCAGCAGAGCUGAGAGCUGAAGUUGCGCCAGUAUUAAAGCAUCCUGGCAUGCAGCUAGCUGGCUGGCCGGCUGGCUGCUCCAACGCCUUCAAUUCCCAAUCGAAAUCCAAUUGAACUCGCGCCGAGCCGAGCCGAGCUUAAAGCAAAUUCCCAAUUGAUAGCCAGAUACGCGAUAUUGCCAAUAUGGAGCUGGAGGAGGAGAUAUGCAAUCCACAAUUAUGCCGAAUUUGCAUAACUUCGCAUACGAAUUCAAUGCAAAUGAUAUCCAUAUUCGGCGAGGACUCGCUCUGGCAAAAGAUCACCACGCUGGCGGAUGUUAAGAUAUCCAAGAAUGACACCUUGCCGCAACAGGUGUGCGUCGGCUGUGCCAAGACGGCGAUCUCGGCCUGCUUGUUCAAGAAGAAGUGCGAGGAUGCGGACAACUUUUAUCGGCAGCAGCUGCUGAUCAAGAAGAUCGAGGGCCACAACAGCAGCCAGAGCCACAGCAGCGGCAGCAGCAGCGCCGGCGAACUGCUGCAUGCGCCCAAUGAACUUGAGACUGGACCUGAGACGCAGACAGAGGAGGCGGCCACCACAGCUGGAGCAGCAGCAGCAGCAGCAGCAGCAGCAGCAGUUGCUGUGCGUCAGGGCAAGAGCCGCAAGAGUCGAGUGAGUGCCAGCGGCGGCAGCAGCAGCGGAAGCAGUGCCACUGGCAGCAGCAGCGGCGGUGGCAGCAGCAGCAGCAGUAGCAGCAACAGCAGCUCCGACGAGGAGGACGAGGCUGAGGCUACGCCGCGUGUGGAGCGUGUGCCAGGCACGGAGCAGAACGGACAUGGCAACAGCAAUGGGCAGCAGCAGCAGCAGGAGCAGGAGACCGAAAUGGAUGCACUCGAAGCGGAGCAGCAGCAGCAGCAGCAGCAGCAGACAGUCGCUGAUGUGGAGCAGCAAGCAGAAGUCGCGCAUGAGGAUGAGGACGCUGAUGAUGACAACGAUGGCGAGCUGCCCAACCAUAUGACACUCAAGUCCAUACGCCUGAUGCAGGAAUAUAUGCAGCAGCGCCUGAACAAGUUUCCAGGCGGGGCAGGCGACCAACAGCAGCGGCGUCAUGGCCAUGGUGAGGACGAGGAAGAGGAGGAGGAGGAGGAGGAGGAGGAUGACGAUGAGGACAUGUCGCUGCCACUGAUACCCGAAAUUGAGCUCAUUGAGCCCAACAUGCUGGCGGGCAGCGAUCAAGAUGCGGAUUGCAUUUCGGUGAACGGCGUGGCCGCCGCCCAAGCGACAGCAGCAGCAGCAGCGGCGGCGGCAGCGGCGGGCGUGCGCGGCUUCCAGUGUCCGCAUUGCUAUCAGAUCUUCGAGAUGAAGCAGAUACUCAAGGCGCACAUGCAGAGCGUGCAUGGCGCACCCGGUCCCGUCUACGAGUGCACCAAUUGCCGCAAGACCUACUUCUACAAGCGUUUCCUGGAGAAGCACAUACGACGUGGUCGCUGCGUCAAGAAGCGACGCAAUCAAACACGACCCAUGCAGUGCUCCGAUUGCCAUGUGCUCUUUCCCACUGGACAUCAUCUGGGCUGGCAUAAGCGCACUGGCUGCCCCUCCAAGGCGGCCAAGAUGCCGCUGCAGCAGCUCUUCAAGCAGAACAUUGUGCAGUUCAAUAAUUUCUCGAAGCGCAUGGCCACGCGCAAGCCGCCACUGGAUACGGCUGCAGUGCAUCUAAACAAUCGCAAACUGGGCCUGGCCAACAACAAGCGCAAGGGCCGCACUCGCAUCAAGCUGGACGCCAAGAAGAUUGCGCUGGCCAAGCAGCUGAUCUUGCGCGAGGCGACGACCACAGUCAUUGCCAAUGAGCUUAAUAUAUCGCGCACCUUUGCCUGGCGUCUGCGCAAGAGUCUGGUCAAUGGCGUCAGCCUGCACGAGCGUGUUGUCGAUCAAGCCAGCGAGGAGCAGCAGCAGCAGCAGCAGCAGCAGCAGCAACAGCAACAGCGACAGCAGCAACAGCAGCAGCAGUUGGAGGAACGCGAACGCGAACUCAACUAUGGACAGCUGAGCAUGAACAUGAGCAUGGGCAUGGGACUGAUCAAGCAGGAGCAGCUGGACAGCGAUGAUGAGCAGCAGUCAGCGCUGCAGCUGCAGCUGGACGAUGAGCUCGACGAUGGCGACUAUGCCGGCCACGAUGAAAUGGACGCAGGCGAAAUUGGCGCCGAGGAGACCGCAGGCUACGCUGCGGACGACGACGUCUGUGGCCAGCUGCUGCACAAUGGCUACAGUCCGAACGCCGGCAACGAUGCUGCCGAUGAGCAUGAGCAGCACUCGCUGGCGGGCAACAGUCGCGGCGUCUCCGUAUCGCCAGCAGCCAUGCUGAGCACACGCGCCGACGUCGAGGUCUAUCAGCGCUUGCUGGCGGAGUCGCAGCGCUUUCCGCACAUUGUCAAUGCUCAACAGUUGCAGCUGCAACAGCAACAGCAACAGCAACAGCAGCAGCAGCAGCAACAGCAGCAGAAAGCUGCGCACAAUGGCGCGCUGCCGAUGCUAACGCGUUAUCCGCCCGCCCAUGUGGCCACAGCCAAUCACGCAUUGCCUGUCAACUUGUCCCUGCGCUCCAUGCCAAGCACACGCAGCAGCCAUGAAGACAGCAACAGCAGCAGCCUAGCAGCACAGCAGCAACAGCAGCAGCAGCAGCAGCAGCAACAACAGCAGCUGCAUCAGCCUGGCAAGAAGCCGCGCAAACCGAACGUCUUUAUCGAUGAUGAAAAGUACGCCAUGGCCAAGCUGCUGGUGGCGCAGAACUCAUCCACCAUGGAGAUUGCGCGUGCGCUGAACGUUUCCCAGAUGACCGCCUGGAAGGUGCGCGAUGCCAUAUUGAAGGGCGUGCCGCUGUCGUAUCGCAAUAAGCGCGCUGGUGAGCGCGAGGAGCAGCGUCUGGCUGAUGCAGCUGCUGCAGCAGCAGCCAAGGAGCAACAUCACCAGCAGCAGCAGCAGCAGCAGCAGCAGCAGCAGGAGCAACAGCAACGACAGGAGCUGCAGCGACAGCAACAAUUGCAGCAGCAACAAAUGGAAUUGCUCAAGCAGCAGCAGCAAAAGCAGCAGCGACAGCAGCAAGAGUUGCUCUUGCAACAGCAACAACAGCAGCAGCAGCAGCAACUGCGUCACUCAGCAGCAGCAGAUACAUCACAUUAUCAGCAGCAGCAGCAGCAACAUCAUCAUCAGCAGCAACAACAGCAACAUGCUGCCCACAAUGGCGGCAAACUGUUGCAUCCACGUCGCCGCUUAAAGGCCGCAGAGCGCGAGCUGCGCGACAAGGAGAUCACACGCGAAAUACUCGAACUGAUCAAGGAGGACAGCAACAUACAGUACUGGAAGGUGUCGGCACGGCUGGCCGAGAAGGGCAUCAACAUAUCACCCUCGUCCGUCUGCCAGAAACUCAAGUCCAUGGGCAUACAUCGGCGCUGGAAGCCCGGCGACAAGCCGCCCAUGCUGGCGAUUAGUCAACUGAGCGCGACUGUGGCCGCCGCCGCUGCCGCCACGCUGGCCGCCAACGGUGGCAGCUUCGGCCUGGCCAACGGUGUGCCCGCCGGCCUGGGCGUCGGCGCACUCCCCGACGAUGUCUACGAGCAGCAGCAAUUCGACAUGGGCGGUCCACAUUUUCUCAGUGCCUUUACGCGCUAGACGAGAGUCGCCCAGCCCCAGUCCCAGCCCCAGCCCCAGACCCAGGCCCAGCCCCAGCACGUGCUCCCUUUAUAAAUUUAUAAGUAUUACACACACACACACACACACAGCAGUUGAAACAAAAGCAAACAACAAUUUGUAUUUUUUAUAUAGUAUUUAAAUAUGCAGCUCAGACA